AUGCAUUUCAUUGCAAGAUACAUGGCUUGUGCGAUGGCCACUACUCCUUACUGUUAUUUUCAGGAUGAUGAUUGGAUUAUCCGGAAUAUGCGUUCUAUGUAUGCUAACUUUCUACGUUUUCCAAAUUUAAUUCAUACCGAUACAAAUGCGGACGUAUAUUCCCUGACCAAUUGGAAAUGGUGUUUUUUUGAUGAUUCUGUCGAUUUGCACGCUUGCUUUUCUUGGGUUGGAACUGGUGCUUUUACUUCUCGGGAAAAUGUAGUAAGGUUUCUCAAAAUGGCUUCGAUCACUGAGAUGGACCCAACUGAAUUUGCGUAUGGCGACAUGUAUUUCACAACAUUUAUGAACCAAGUGCCAUAUCAAUUGGAGAAUGAAUUAAUGGAAUUACCGCAGGAAAAUGCUUUUAGUGCCUUUGAAACUAAGGAAAUUUCACCUAGCAUAUAUCAACGUGAUGUACGUUCUCCUUGCGCGAAUGAUAGAUGUUUAUUUCUUACAAAUAAACAUUCUUUUCCGGACGUUCGAGCAUUUCGUUAUAGACCAUAUAUUAAUAUUAGUGAGUCUGAACGAAUUCAUGAGAGCUAUUAUGACACUGGACAUUUCAUUCGUCAUCCUUAUUCGCACGCAGUAGAUGAUAAAGAAUGGACUGCAUGGAAAUCACAAGAGGAAGUUAGACAGCUUCCACAAACUGGCCUUGACGGAAGAACACAUUUAUUAUCAUGUACUUUUCAAAUUCGAGAGACUGGAAUCCGUUUUGUAAAAUUAACUAGUACAAGGGAAUGGGAAUUUCCAUAUGGCAUUUAUGAUUUUUCCUUCCGUGCUCGUAUUGAUAAACUUAACAGUGGCAUAGACGAUUGGUGA